CCAUGAAAUCCUCUCACCGAUUCAGCUACUCCUCAUCUUCAACCUCCACCCUCGUCUAUACUCUUCACUCUGAUUCUCCUCUGCCACCUCAAGAAUCCAAACAGAUCCCCGCCGACGACAACACCCCAGUCACACUCACCGUCCACCUCCCCCAACCCCAUGCCGCCCUCAAGAUUCAGUCGGUUUACCGAGGUGGAGUCAUCCGCAACCUUUACAAGCAGGUCUCAUCGGUGAACUACGAGGCCAACCGUCUACAACAAUUAAUCCAACGGCAGGAAACAUUGGACUCCAUCGAGAAGGAGAAGCUGAGGAUAAACGAGACCCUGAUGGGUCUUCUACUGAAACUAGACUCGGCGCCGGGGAUCGAUCCGACGGUGAGGGAAGCGAGGAGGAAAGUGAGCCGUAAAAUCGUGGGGUUGCAGGAGAUUGUGGAUGGAAUAUCGGAAGCGAAAAUGGAGGGCGAUGACGAGUAUUACGGAGGGUGGGGGCCUCGUGCGAUAUUGUCGAUGAAGGAUUGGGAUGAAGCGGUGGAGGAGAUGGAGGAGGAGCUCUGCAAAGAGAGAGGUGGGCUGGAGAUGGAGAGGUACUGCGCCCAAUACUUGGGCUUUAGAUGCUUGCAGAGGUUCCUCCGGGAAUGAUCAUAUUGUCUACUCU